AUGGUAGUGGCAGUGCCCCUUCUGAACGUUAGAGAAAGCCAUGGUCUGCAUCUGAGUACGGUCCCACAGCUGGCUCUGAUGGUGAAGCUGGACGGUACGGGAGGAUUCCACAGCUGCAGGAGCGAGGCCGAGGCUUUAUCAGCAACAGAUCCAUCUCUGGAGGAGGAGCAGCUGAUUGGCCGCAGUGUGCAGAGAGCCACGUUGAGCCCUGGAGAGCAGAGCCCACCUGUAGAGCCGCCUGUAGAGCCGCCUGUAGAGCCGCCUGUAGAGCAGCGCACACACGGCUUCUCUCUGGACUUCAGCCUCAGUGUGCGCUGCGACCCGCACUACUACGGCCCACAGUGCAACCGCGUGUGUCGCCCCCGAGACGACUACUUUGGACACUACACCUGCGACACCAGCGGGACGCCCCAGUGCCGGCCCGGCUGGAGCGGGCCCCUCUGCAAGACCGGUGAGAGGGCUCAGAUCUGGGGACUACAGACCAGAGAGAGGGCUCAGAUCUGGGGACUACAGACCAGAGAGAGGGCUCAGAUCUGGGGACUACAGACCAGAGAGAGGGGGUCAGAGCUGGGGACUACAGACCAGAGAGAGGGGGUCAGAGCUGGAGACUACAGACCAGAGAGAGGGAUCAGAUCUGGGGACUACAGACCAGAGAGAGGGGGUCAGAGCUGGAGACUACACACCGGAGAGAGGGGGUCAGAGCUGGAGACUACAAACCAGAGAGAGGGAUCAGAUCUGGGGACUACAGACCAGAGAGAGGGAUCAGAUCUGGGGACUACAGACCAGAGAGAGGGGGUCAGAGCUGGGGACUACAGACCAGAGAGAGGGGGUCAGAGCUGGGGACUACAGACCAGAGAGGACGGGUCAGAGCUGGAGACUACAGACCAGAGAGAGGGGGUCAGAGCUGGGGACUACAGACCAGAGAGGACGGCGCUGUGUAAAGCCGGGUGCUCUCUGCUCCACGGGACCUGCAGCCUUCCAGGGGAGUGCAAGUGUAACUACGGCUGGCAGGGCCCUCUCUGUGACCAGUGCAUCCCGUACCCCGGCUGUGUGCACGGCUCCUGCACCGUGCCCUGGAAGUGCGACUGCGACAGGAACUGGGGCGGCCUGCUCUGCGACAAAGACCUGAACUACUGCGGGAGGAACCGGCCGUGUCAGAACGGAGGCACCUGCCUGAACACAGAGCCGGACGAGUACCAGUGCGCCUGUCCCGAGGGCUACUCCGGGAAGAACUGUGAGAUCGCGGAGCACGUCUGUGUGUCCAGUCCCUGUGCUAAUGGAGGCACCUGUCAUGAAGGCCCCAGUGGCUUUGAGUGUCAGUGUGAGCGCGGCUGGAGCGGACCCACCUGUGCCACCGACAUAGAUGACUGUGAGUCUGCUCCCUGUGGUCACGGAGGAACCUGCAUCGACCUCCUGCACGGAUACGAGUGUCUGUGCCCAGAGCAGUGGAGCGGCUCCAGCUGCGAGACCGAUGUGAACCGCUGCUACGGCCAGUGUCAAAACGGAGCCACGUGUUCGGAGGGGGCCCGUGGGUACCAGUGCCUGUGCAGACCCGGCUUCGUGGGCAGACACUGUGAGCAGCAGAGAGACCACUGUGAGGGCGCCCCCUGUGGCCUCAGAGGGAAGUGCACGUCUCAGAGCGAGGGCUUCAGCUGCGAGUGCAAACCAGGAUUGUCUGGGACGCGCUGCGAGAUCCAGUCCGAUCCAUGCCGUCCAAACCCGUGCCAGAACCAAGGCCAGUGCUCUAGUGACGGAGGACACUUCUUCUGCAGCUGUGGAGACCAGCACGAGGGCCAGACCUGCUCCCAGCGCAAGGACCACUGCCAGACCCACCACUGCACAGUGGUGGACAGCUGUACCGUGGCUGUCUCCUCUAAACGCACAGGUCCUGGUCCUGGUCCUGGUCAGGUCUGGCACCUGUCGUCCUCGGCCUGUGGACUCCAUGGACGCUGCCUCAGUCUGCCUCAGGGGAACUUCAGCUGCUCCUGCGACCUGGGCUUCAGUGGGACAUACUGCCAUGAGAACAUAAACGAUUGUGCGUCCCUCCCGUGUCUGAACGGCGGCACGUGCAUCGACGGCGUGGACUCCUUCCAGUGUGUGUGCGACGCCGGGUGGGAGGGGCUUCUCUGUGACACAGAUGUGGAUGAGUGCAGCAGCGCCCCCUGUCUGCACUCAGGGCGCUGUGUCGAUCUCAUCAACGACUUCAGCUGCGACUGUGAAGAAGGAUGGAAGGGAAAGACCUGCAGCUCACAGGAGAGCCAGUGUGAGCCUGGGACCUGCAGUAACGGAGGAACCUGUGUGGACCAGGGCGACUCGUUCAUCUGCAGCUGUGCUCCAGGGUUCUCUGGGAGCACCUGUGGCACCGCAAGGAGCAGCCACUGCGAGAGUGCCCCCUGUCUGCAUGGAGGCACAUGUGUGGGAGGAGCUGAGAGCUUCAUCUGUGUGUGUAAGGACGGAUGGGAGGGGCCACAGUGUGCCACCGAUGUCGACGACUGCAGCCCAAUCCCCUGUUUUAACGGCGGUCACUGCGUGGAUGGGGUGAACUGGUUCCGGUGUGAGUGCACUCCUGGCUUUUCUGGACCCGACUGUCGCAUCAACUUAGACGAGUGCCAGUCCUCUCCGUGUGCCGAGGGUUCCACCUGCAUCGACCAAAUCAACGGCUUCAAGUGUGUGUGCGCUCCAGGACACACAGGGCCACACUGCAGCCGCUUUGUGGGUCUGGGUCUCCCGUGCCUCGUCUCAGAUCGACAGGUCCCUCACGGCGAGCGCUGGACAGACGACUGCAACAGCUGCGAGUGCACAGACGGAACUGUGCACUGCUCUAAGGUGCUGUGUGGCCCCCGGCCCUGCCUCCUGCUGUCCUCUCCGGUCCUGUCCCACAGCGCCCUCUCUUGUCCACUGGGGGGUCACUGCACCCACACCCUGUCCCUGUCCUGCUUCUCUGAACCCUGUGGGAGUGUGGGGGUGUGCUCUCCAGGCCGGGCUCCCUCACCUCCGGUCACGCCCUGCCAGCCCAGCCCUGCCCACACCGACCAGGGCUGUGCCAGAGUUACCCUGGUCUUCAACCGGGAUCGACUGCCCCAGGGCACCACGGUGGAGCAGAUUUGCUCCGAGCUCCAGUUCCUCCCUGUGACUCAGGCUGUGGCUCAGAACAGAACUCUGCUGAUCCUGUGCGAACGCUCCAUCGCCAACGCUGACGCCAUCGAGGUCGCCAUGUCUUUCACAGACCGCUCCUCUACAGAUUUGGUUCAGAUCCACGCCGCCUGCUCUUCCAUCGUGUCCUCGCUCUCACAGACACAGCACAGCACCACCUUGCUGUCUCUGGUGGAAGUGAAACUGGAGCGUGUGGUUCAGGGAGUAAACAUAGAUUUCCUGAUGCCGUUCCUGAUCGCCGCCUUCUGCCUGCUCUGGUUCUGCUUCGCGGUUGUGUGCGUGUGGUGGACGCGCAAACGCAAGAAAGAGCGUGAGAGGUCUGAGUCGGCGACGCAACACAACCAGCUCACCGUCAACAACCUCCUGCACUCCCCCAAGCCCCGCUCCAACCCCAGCCUGCCCCGGGACCCACCCCAGGACCCGCCCCAGGACCCGCACCAGGACCCGCACCAGCGCCAGGGGGACGGGGCUGAGGCUGAGGCCGAGCUACUGGACCCUGUGAGGGAGGACCCGGACCCCGCGCCGGUCCGGUCGCCGCACAGGACAAAGUACGGCCCCAGAGACAAUCGCUUCAAGAAUGUGAACGCGGAGAGACUGAGCGCGGGCGUGAAGGACCACUACGUGUGA